GUGCCCCUAUUUAUAUUCUUAACAACUUAAUUUUCCUCAUGCAGGCCAGCGCCAAAGACACAGGAUGUCUGUAUGCAGCAAUACAUCAUCGGCUGGUUGCACUUCGAAGCUUCAAUAAACAGAAAGAUGUAAAUCAAGCUGAAAGCCAGUCAGAAACAAGCCUCCAACAAUUAAACUGCGAAAGCUGUGAUGAGGAUGAGGAUGAUUUCAUCCAAGUCACUAAAAAUAGAUCAGAUCCUUCUAGGUGGACCCACAGACAGUCGGUUGCCUGUUCAUGAACGCUAUCUACUAUAAACGUGACAACAUCUACAAAAAGAUUGGUCAUCUUACUGAAAAUACUAAGCCAUCCUAACUAAAUGAGAAGAUCCUAUUCGUUCCUUGAAGAGUUUUUACAGCACAGUUCAUGAAAGAUAAUUUGUUGCAAUUAAGAUUUUUCUUUUAUAUAGUCUAAUAAUUGCAAGGUUUUAUAUUUUGAUUAUUGUGGAGAAAAUGACAGAAUUUAAGAAAUACACGGACUUUGGAAGUUCAAAAUUUAUCAUUUUUGAAGAAGCUAAUUUAGAAUAGGAUUUGAUAACUAAUUUGGACUAUUCAUCACAUUGGUGGAUAUAAUAGUUCAAAUAAAUUUCUGGAUUUCAUAAAUAUCUAACUAAAAUAUUUUUUCAGUCAUACAUUGCCUGGUCAUAAAACAAAUAUUUUACAAGAUUUCCAGUCAUUUCUUCCAAAACACUAUAUCUGCAUGCUAACAUUUCAUUAAGUCAUGUUUCUCUUCUGGGAAAUGUGUAUUUUCAUUUAACCUUUGGAUUUACUACUACUAUAAGAUUAUAUAUUCAUGGUAUGAAUUCCUUUAAAGAUAGUGUUGUCUUGGACCUGUAUCCAUUGCACCUUGUGUAUGCUUGACUCCAGUUCAGCAUCCAAUAGUUGUUGAAGGGAUGAACAAAAUACAUUAACUAUGUAACAAAACAGUAAGUAUACAAAAAGUAAAAUAUGUUAACUUGUUCUUUGCUUUAUGUAAUUAGAUUGUCAUUAAUAGUCUAAUGGGUGUAGCUGUAUAGAGACCUUUUAAAAAAAACAAAUAUAUUCAUAUAUACCCAAAUGAA